AUGUGUCUAUCCUACAACAUCUGCCGUCAACCGAGGUUAAUUAAGUCGUUUGUGGUGGAUUACGAGGCUGGACUGUGGCAGGCUAUAAGAGCCGUGUUUCCCCAACCUGAUAUCCAUGGCUGCGCUUUUCACUUUGGACAGGCCCUCUAUCGGAAGGUUCAAGAAUUCGGAUUGCAGACUGCAUACAACGAGCGUUGUGACGUGUAUGCACUCCUUAGAAAGACAUUUGCACUGCCGCUACUACCCGUGGAGGACAUUCGACCUGCUUUCGACACAUUACGGACGAAAUCGGACACUGACGCGACGGACAGAUACUUUGACUACCUAGAACGGACGUGGAUGACAAACCCACUGUGGCCUAUUGAUAGUUGGUGCGUAUUUGGUCGGUCCAUUCGCACCAACAACGACAGCGAGGGCUGGCAUCAUCGCCUGAUCCGACGUGCGAAGAAAGGGAAUCUCCCCUUUUACUUGUUGGUUCAACUGUUGUGUGAAGAGGCGAAGCUGCUUACUAACACAGGUGCGGUUAGUGAGAGAGGGAAAGUUGAGGAGACAUCAGAAUAA